AUGUGUUUGGCCCCUGCGCCCUCUCCAUACAUUCUUACUCAUCACGGUGUCGUUAAAGAAUCUUCUACAUCCUCCCCGCUUCGUGUUGUGUUCAACGCUUCUGAAUUAAGUGACACAAAUCAGUCUCUUAAUAAAUCACUGUUAACUGGACCUAAGCUUCAAGCUGAUAUUGGAACUAUUAUCACAAACUUCAGAUUGCACCAGAUUGCUAUGACUUGUGACUUCAAACAAAUGUAUCGAGCUAUUCGUAUAACACCGGCUGAUUGUAAAUAUCAAAAUUUGUUUUGGCGCUCUGACCUCACGGGCCCUGUACAGGAAUGGGAAUUACAAAGACUAACCUUUGGUCUCUCGUGCAGUCCUUAUAUUGCACAACGAACUUUGAAGCAACUAGUGCUUGAUGAAGGCGCUAAGUACCCAAAUGCGGCUGAUAUUCUAAGCUCCUCUUGUUAUAUUGACGAUCUUGUUUUUGGCGCUCCAACCGAGACUUCGGCUCUUAAGCUUUACAAAGAAAUCACCCAACUAUGCUCAUCAGGUGGUUUCGAACUUCAUAAAUGGUCAAGUUCAAGUAGCUCCGUCCUCACCACAAUCCCCGCCGACCGUCGAGAAACACCCCAUCCGUUAGGAUCUACACACUCGAUUAAAGUACUAGGACUUGAAUGGGACCCGACUACUGACUGUUUCCGCUACUCUAUUUCACCUGUCAACAGUACGCCAACCAAACGCAAUGUAUUGUCUCAAGUUGCUCGAGUUUACGAUGUAAACGGCUUUAUUAGUCCAAUUAUUUUCACCUUAAAAUAUCUACUUCAACAGAUUUGGAUUGAAAAGCUCAACUGGGACGACCCUCUCCCUCAAUAUCUCCAAAAUGUUUGGGAUAAAUUCAUCAAAGAACUACCCCUUAUGACACAGUUCAAAAUACCUCGCUACAUUCUCAGUAACUACUUAACCGCUCAGCUGAUUGGUUUCUCUGAUGAUUCCAAAAUAGGCAUGUGCGCCUCCUUGUAUCUACGUAUUGAAUGUGAAGAUAAGAGUGUAGAGUGCAACCUCCUGCAAUCCAAAACUAAAGUCGCUCCUCUGAAAACACUUACGAUCCCUCGUUUAGAAUUGUGUGCCGCUCUUUUCCUCUCUCAGUUAGUAAAAGCGAACCAACCGCUUAUUAAUAAACUUCAAAUAUCAGACAUCUUCCUAUUCACAGACUCCAUGAAUGUCCUUGGUUGGUUAAAUACACCACCACACCUCCUAGAAACCUUUGUCUCAAACCGUGUCUGUAAAAUCACAGAAAUCACCCCUGUUGAUGUUUGGCGUCAUAUAUCAGGAGAUGAAAACCCUUCUGACUGUGGCACUAGAGUCAAAGCUGUCCAUCUUGAGUUAGUGCAUUCACUCUCUACUGAAUCUUGUUUAGCCGCUAUAGACAGAUUUAUCGCUCGGAGAGGAAUCUGCCGAAACAUUUACUCUGAUCAAGGUCGCAACUUCGUCGGUGCUGCACGCCAACUACAAGAAAUCUACUCUCUCCUGAAGAACUCCACCUCACAGAUCUCAGAACAUUUGGCUCAACGAGAAAUAAUUUGGAACUUUAACCCGCCAUAUGCCCCAAACUUCGGAGGCCUCUGGGAGGCUGCAGUGAAGUCGACCAAACACCAUCUUAAAAGGAUACUGCAAAACCAUAAUUUCACUGCUGAAUAA